AUGGCUACCGGCAACUCGGGCAAGAUCACCGACUGGGUGAAUCCCAAUGACAAGUCAGGCGAAUUCAAGCGUCAAACCUCCGUCUUUCGCGACUUCAUCUCCCGCGAGGCCGGCGCGCAGUUUCCACCAGAGAAGGGUCGCUACCAUCUCUAUGUCUCAUAUGCUUGUCCUUGGGCUCACCGGACUAUGAUCACGCGCAAGCUCAAGGGCCUGGAGGAUAUCAUCUCUUUCUCCUCGGUACAUUGGCAUCUCGGAGACAAAGGAUGGCGCUUCCCUACCCCAGACGAGGAGAUGCCGGGUGAAAACACCAUCCCCGACCCGCUGCAUAAGGACUUCACCCACCUUCGCGAUAUCUAUUUCUCCAAUGACCCUGACUACACUGGACGCUUCACUGUCCCAGUGCUGUUCGAUAAGAAGACAGGCCGAAUCGUGAGCAACGAGAAGAUGGACGAACAGAGUGCCGAAAUUAUUCGCAUGCUGUACUACGAGUUCGACGAUAUUCUCCCCGAGCAGUUCAAGAAGCUGGACCUCUACCCUACUGCUCACCGUUCAGAAAUCGACUCCUCCAACGAAUGGAUCUACAACGACGUGAACAACGGCGUCUACAAGUCCGGCUUCGCCACGACACAGGAAGCCUACGAAAAGGCCGUCACAACCCUCUUCUCCUCGCUCGACAAAGUGGAGGCCCACCUGGCCAAGCAGGCUGGUGUUUCGCCCUUCUUCUUCGGUGAGACCGUCACCGAGGCGGACAUCCGCUUGUUCACCACCAUCAUUCGUUUCGACCCCGUGUAUGUGCAGCACUUCAAGUGCAACGUUCGGGAUAUCCGGUCCGGGUACCCAGCCAUCCACCGCUGGGUGCGUAACCUCUACUGGGAUAUUCCUGCCUUCAAGGAGACCACGGACUUUGAGCACAUCAAGAAGCACUACACCAAGUCCCACAAGCAGAUCAAUCCGUUCUCGAUCACGCCAGUUGGGCCGGUGCCGGACAUUCUGCCCAAGGACGAAGAGGUGAGGGCCGUGAGCGCAGCGAAAUAA